AUGGGCUAUGGGCUAAUGGCCGAGGCUGUAAACGAGACACCUCUGCCCGACCUGCUCCAUCUGCACAGUUCCCCCAGCAUUGUGCUCAUCCUCUCGGCCAACAUUAAAUAUUCACAUGUACUGAAGCCCUGGCACGACUCGCCUUUCAUCCACUCCACCAGCACCGCUCCCCGCUCCCACCUGGCCAGGGGGGUGACUUGGGGGGCACGCCACGCUUCGUGA